CGUUAUUUGGGUUUUGAUUGAAUUUGGGUUCGAUUGAUUGUUUCUUCGCAGAAUAAGUGGAAGAAGAGGAAGAAAAUUACCGAAUAUGUCUGGGUUUUCAGCGUGGCAUAGGAGUUCUUUUGAAGAUAAUCAGCUAUGCAGAGUCAAGUUGUGUGUAAUGGCUGUAGGAGUGUUCUUCUUUAUCCCAGAGGAGCAUCGAACGUUUGUUGCGCAUUAUGCAACACAAUUACAUCAGUCCCUCUUCCAGGAAUGGAAAUGUCCCAACUUAUAUGUGGAGGUUGCAGGACAUUGCUAAUGUAUACACGUGGGGCAACAAGUGUGAGAUGCUCCUGCUGCCACACCGUGAAUCUUGCACCAGCUACCAACCAGGUUGCUCAUGUCAACUGUGGCCACUGCCGGACAACACUAAUGUACCCUUAUGGAGCUCCAUCAGUUAAAUGUGCAGUCUGUCACUAUGUUACUAACGUUGGUAUGGCAAAUGCGAGGGUUCCACUUCCAGCGAACCGAUCUAAUGGAACAGUCACCUCUGGUACAUUGCCUUCUUCUUCAAUGUCUCAGACACAAACUGUCGUUGUUGAAAACCCUAUGACUGUUGAUGAAAGCGGGAAAUUGGUGAGCAACGUUGUUGUCGGUGUCACAACAGAAAAGAAAUAAAUCAUCAAAUGAGGUUCCAAGAUGUUGCGGUUUUAAUCGGUAGAAGCAGUCCUAAUCCUUAUUACACAUUGCUGGAAAGAUGGAUUUGAUUAUUGCUUGUGUAUAUUGUGGUGAAGAUAGCUGUCAAUUGAUAUUCAUUCAAAAAAUAUAUAUAUAUAUAUAUUCUAAAAUGA